AUAAGAUAACUUGGACACUUGACUUUCAAGGUCUGAUUUGACAAGUAUCAUGACAACAUAACCUAUAUAAUUAAUUUUCUUGUCAAUUCGGUAUUUGUUAUUUUUUCAGGAUUACCUUAGAAAAUGGCAGACCCUAAAUACGUCGAUUUGCCAGGCAUUGCACUUGAUGAACCUGAUAUUUAUGAAACCAGCGAUCUGCCAGAAUCGGAUCAAAUAACUGAUUUUUAUAACGAAAAUGAGAAAGAAGUUGUUGAAAGAAUUCACAUCGAACCAGAUCAAGCAUUCAGCAAAUUCAAAGGGAAAUACUUGAAUCAAAGGAAUGCUGACUUUUCUGAUAGAAUCAGUAACAGAAAUAAAACUGGUUAUGAUGCUAGAACUGAAAAUUGGGAACUCGUUGUAGACGGUCAAAAUGAAUCUCCUAUACAAAAAUAUAAUCGUCUUUUUUGCGAACUUAACGAAUUGUUGGAAGAUGUAACGAAAAUUGAAACCAAUAAUAGUAUCAAAGGUGAUGAUGUAUUAAAUCCAGAACAAAUACAGGAUGCUUUGACAAAACUGAAAGCUUUGCGAUUAGAAGAGAAACUUGGUGGUGAUGUUUCAUCAACCAUUGAUGAUCCUCAAAAUUUUCUUGUAAAAAAAUUAGAAAACCAGCUGGAGCAGUUCAACAAAAUUGCCCAAGAUCAGCCUGAGAAUAAAGGUCUAACUGAUGAGUCUGGAAUUGUUUAUCAUAUAAAUUAUAAACCUGAAUUAGCUAAGUUGAAGCAAACAAGCAGAUUGGCCCAAUUAGAAGCACGAGUCCACUAUUUGGAAACAGUGCUUGGUGCAUCCGAUGACAAAUUAAAUCGAUUGGCUUCUGGUACUUCUAAAGAUAGUCUCUUGGAGACAGCCCAGCAUCUAGCAGCAGUAGCUACUCUACUAGAUUCUGCCCAAUUAGAUCACAUAGAAGGACGCUUAACAGCACUAUUGCAGAAACUCGAAUCAAUUCAAGAUAAGAAGAGAGAGUUGGAUGAAGAAGACGAAAGAAAUAAAAUGGUCAGGGAACUGUAUGAUAUGGUUAAAGAUAGUGAAAAUGUUAUUAAGUUACUACCAAUAACUAUUCAGAGACUAAAAUCAUUGAAAAAUCUUCAUAAUAAAGCUGCUGAUUUGAUGACAACAUUGAUCAAAGUUGAAGGUACUCAAGAAGAAGUCUCGAGCUCAGUUUUAAACAACAAGGAGUUACUUCAAGGUGUCCAAGAAAGCUUUGCCCACAAUUUGAAUGAAAUUAACCAAACGAUCAUAGGUUUAGAUAGCAGGAUCAAGACUUUGAAGUCAAAAAAAUAAUUAAUUUCUUAUAGUAAUUUAUCUAUUUAUAUAUUACUGAAAAUUAUUAUUAACAUAGGUGCAAAUGGGUUUUUUCUUUUUUCAAGAAUAUUUCCAUUGCUAUAAAUAAAUCCAUUGUAAUUGAUGAAUACUUUACUGAUUUUUAUGAUUUCAAAUGCACUGUAGGAAAUAUGGAAACGGUAGAGUUAAUUCAUCCUGUUUGGGUUAUUUAUUUGGUUAAUAGAAGAAGAGAUUAUCAUACAAUCAAGGCAUCUAUGCAAUGCAUCAUGAAUGAAAAUAUUGCAAUCAAUGCAAUAGUAAUUCUGACAAUAAGGACACUUGUGUAACUGAAAAUAACAAAAAGAUUAUCAGACAUUAUCAAACAUUUCUGUUAUUAUUGGAUAACACCAAAAAAUCAUUCUGAAUAUAUAGUAUAAUAACUUCAUAGGAUGAAAAUAUGUUAUCGUUUCAAAUAUUUAUUGAAAUUAAUAUUGUUUUUUAUGUAUGCUUAAAAGGAAAACUAAUAAAUGCUUGUUAAAAUGUU